AUGGCUUCCUUUAAUUCAAGUUCAAGUUCAAGUGAUAGGGAAGACUCGAGGGUUCUAAAAAAGUGUUGGAAGAAACAAAAGUUGGCUAAACUGAAGAAAGAAUGGGAAAAAAAUGAAACGAAAAUUCGAAACUUCAUCCGAAGAAAAUGUGAUGGACUACGAGAGUGUAUCUCGUCAAACAGGGCGAGAGCAUUCGGCCCCUCAACCUUCAGGGGAGCAACAAACCCCUCGAAUGGCAAAAACUCAUUGAAUCAUAUCCGCCUCCAUCAAAUUGAAACAUUGAAAACAUCACAAGCUGUUGAAAGGGUGGGGCAAGAACUAAGCAUGCCCGGUUUUAAAAAAGUCAGGCACACCACUAGUACCACUACAACAAACUAUCAAACCCCUAGCAGUCCUAGCAUGGCGCUCAAACAAAAUUUCCGGGAACCAACCUCGAAUUACGGCAGCAAAUACAAACCGAGUCACAAAACACUGGACACUCGCGUGAAAAAGAGAGGGGAGGAGAAAAAUUGGGCCAAGCGACCUCCCCAUUUCAAAUUCGAAGACCAUAAGGUAGCUCAAUACAUUAUCUCUAGAAAUGAGUUCCUUGCUAAAAUAGAUCUCAAGGACGCAUAUUUCUUCAUACCGAAAGCUAAAACACACGGAAAGUAUCUGAAGUUCAAUUUUAAUAAUACACUAUGGAAGUUUAAAGUUCUACCCUUUGGUCUCAGCGUUGCACCACAUGUAUUCACGAACAUAUUUCGACCUGUCCCUAAAAAACUCAGAUCGGAAGGACUGAAAUCGGUAGUAUACUGGUGUACUGUGAAAGACACUUGCAUCGAACAUGUUCGGUACUAA